CCAUUUAUUUCAAGUUAAGCCUGUUCGAGCUUUGAUCCUAAUAAGAAUAUUCUAAAAAUAGUUAACUGAACUGAACAUUGGAUUGAAGUGUCUUGACGAACAUAGCAUAAUCUCAAUUACUUCAAGCCUAACCCCACUCAAUUCAUCCUCACGCUUGGCCUUGAACCCUACUUUUUGAAUGAGAGAUAGACAACUGUGACAGAGUUAAUGCUGAGUCACUUGGUUGUGGGCCUGGACUUGAACCCACCGUAUUCAUUCAGCACGAGAUAGAGACGGCGAUAGGUCACCGGAGUAAAAGAAAUGCCUAACAAAGCCGACGAAGUAGAGCGUCAGAGGAAACUGGAAGAAGCCUUAGAAGUUCAAGCCUUAAGGCGCAUCAUCAACGCGUACCUCAACUAUCCUGAAGCUUCGGAGGAGGAUGUAAAAAGAUAUGAAAGAUCAUUCAGAAAAUUACCACAACCACACAAGGUUAUCUUAUCUCAUCUUCCUGCGAAGUUUCAGAAACUACGAUGGUGUAUUGCUCAAAAUUCAUAUUUCAUAUUUGAGAUGCUGAAGGCAUUUGAGCCCCCACUAGAUCUUAGCCUGGAUACUGAUAUUUGUGAAGAGCAGCAUCAGGAUAUCAUUAGAACUAGAGGUGAUAGAUUGGACUGUCAAGAAUCUGUUAAAGCAAUAGCCACAGAUCAUGACAAUGGUACCCCUGGGGCAUGUGUUGUCAAUAAGGAGGAUAAAACUGAGCAUUCAAAUGAGUUGAGUGGUGUGAGUUUUACCGUUGGUCUGAAACAUCCUGGCGCUGAUUGUGGUACAGAUUUCCAAGGGCCUGACAAACAUUAUCCUUCUGGGCGUAGCAAUGAGCAUAUUUCUUCAUCCUCUCCUCAAGGGUUGAGCCCAUCGUCACAGUCACAUGUUCCAUUAGUAGAUGUAGAUAAGGUCAGGUGUAUUAUAAGAAAUAUUGUAAGAGAUUGGGCAGCUGAGGGGCAAAAGGAAAGAGAUCAGUGCUACAAGCCAAUUUUAGAAGAACUUGAACAAUUGUUUCCUAAUCGUAGUAAAGAAAGUCCUCCAACUUGCUUAGUUCCUGGUGCUGGACUUGGAAGGCUUGCUUUAGACAUUUCAUGUCUUGGAUUUGCAAGUCAAGGAAAUGAAUUUUCAUACUACAUGAUGAUCUGUUCCAGUUUUAUCCUUAACACCACUCAAACUGCUGGGGAGUGGACAAUCUAUCCUUGGAUACACAGCAAUUGCAAUUCACUUGCAGAUAGUGAUCAGCUUCGUCCGAUCUCAAUUCCAGAUAUUCAUCCUGCUAGUGCAGGAAUUACUGAAGGGUUUUCAAUGUGCGGUGGUGAUUUUGUCGAGGUUUACAGUGAUCCGAGCCAAGAAGGAUUAUGGGAUGCAGUUGUCACUUGUUUCUUUCUUGACACUGCCCACAACAUUGUUGAGUAUAUCGAGGUCAUUUCCAAAAUUUUGAAAGAUGAUGGAGUCUGGAUAAACCUGGGCCCAUUACUCUAUCAUUUUGCUGAUAUGUAUAGUCUAGAAGAUGAAAUGUCAAUUGAGCUAAGUCUAGAGGAUGUGAAAAAGGUUGCUUUUCAUUAUGGAUUUGAACUUGAGAAAGAGUCAAUAUUUGAGACAACCUAUACAACUAACCCACGCGCAAUGAUGCAAAACCGCUACUACGCUGCUUUUUGGACGAUGAGAAAGAAAAGAAACAUGGCAGAGCAAGUGUUGCUGCAAUCUCCCAUUGUUUCAAGUGGCCAGAAGGGAAUGUGACAUUAGAGAUAACUGCUUUCGGGGUUGUUAUUAUAAGAUCUAUUCAUAUGUAUACUCAAUUUUGAGAUAUGUAAUUGUUUAUUUCUUUCUGAUUUUUUUGGAAUAACAUUUUUAAUCCUAUUAUAGUAUCUGAUAAAGAUAAUGCUAACAUCCUUGAUUGGUAUGAGACUUGAACCUGCGACUUCCUCUUUGAGAGAUUGACCGUGAUGCUAUCAGACUAAAAGGUAUUUGGUCCAAAUUAAAAAAUUCAGCUAGUUCCUAUAUUUCUUUUUGAUUAGAUAAUUGCUUUUGAUCCUC